AUGAAAGCUGUUCUCGUAUGUUACCUUGUGUUAAUAGGAUCUACCCCAGUGAACGGGUUGUGGCCAUUUGAUUCCGGAGAAGACAAUAGCUCUUCGGGAACAGCAACAGCAGCAGCAACAACAAGUGAUAGCGAGUCUUGGUAUGAAAAUAUAUUAAACGGCUUUGGUGGUGGUGGUGGUGGUGAUGAAAAAAAUUCUUCAGAAACGGGAGCGGCAGGCACUGGUAGCUCCAACCCGUAUGCACCAUAUAAUGCCAAUUGUCCCUCAGGGCCGCUAGUAAGAGAAGCAAGCGGUAUAUCGGAUAACGAGAGAAACUACAUCAAAAGCCGACAGGAAAUCACAAACAAAAACAUAAUUGAUUUUUUACAAAAUAGAGCCAAUCUUACGGACUUUGACGCAGAGUCUUUUGUCAAUGAUAAUGCUAAUGAGCACAAUAUAACCAUAGGAUUAGCAUUCAGUGGAGGUGGUUACCGAGCUAUGCUUUGUGGAGCAGGCCAGAUUUUGGCAACGGAUUCCAGAUUUGAGGAAUCUAACCAGCAUGGGGUAGGAGGGUUGCUUCAAUCGGCUACCUAUUUAACCGGAUUAUCAGGCGGGAACUGGUUGGUUGGAAGUUUGGUGAUGAAUAACUGGAUAUCAGUUGCAGACAUAUUGAAGGAAAACCCCGAAAUCUGGCAAUUGGAGGAUUCUAUAAUUAAUCCGAGUGGAAUUCGUAUCGAUAAAACUAUUGCUUACUAUUAUGGAUUGCGUCAGGCCAUUACAGCGAAAGCAGAUGCUGGAUUUAACACAACAAUCACCGAUAUUUGGGGAAGAGCCUUGGCUCAUCAGUUUUUCCCAGAUUCAUCUGGUGGAGAAAAUAUUACUUGGUCAAGUGCACAAAACUUGUCAAGUUUUCAAGAUCACACAAUGCCUUAUUUUUUGGUUGUAGCCAAUGGAAGAGAUCCAAACACAUUUAUUAUUAAUGAAAAUAGUACUGUUGUUGAGAUUUCGGCGUAUGAGUUGGGUUCUUGGGACAGGUCAUUGAGGGCAUUUACUAAUGUUGAGUACUUGGGCUCAAAAGCGGAUGCUGGUAAUCCAAGUAGUGCCAACAAUUGCGUGCGGGGGUUUGAUAAUGCAGGGUUUAUCAUGGGUACUUCUUCAUCGUUAUUUAAUCAAAUUGUACUUCAGUUGGGAAGUUAUGAUAUCAAUAAUAUAAUCAAAUCAAUCUUGACUGACUUGCUUACAGGUUUGAGCUAUGAUCAAUACGAUAUAGCUGCAUAUGCGCCCAACCCCUUUUUCGGAUCAAAGUAUGGUGAGUCACAGGACAUUUCAGUCAAUGAAACAUUGUUUUUGGUUGAUGGCGGCGAGGAUUUACAAAAUGUUCCUUUUUAUCCGCUUAUUCAAAAUGCCAGAGAUGUUGAUGUUAUAUUUGCGUUUGAUAACUCUGCAGACACGGAAUAUUCAUGGCCCAAUGGUACCUCAAUUGUGCAAACUUUCAAAAGACAAUUUGCUGCUCAAGGUAGAGGAACCCCGUUCCCUUUUGUUCCAGAUGUGGACAGAUUUGUUGAGGAAAAUUUGGCAUCAAAGCCGGUAUUUUUUGGGUGCAAUUCAUCUGAGUUGGGUAGUUUGGUUGAAUGGCAUGGAAAUGAUGAGAUCAAUGUUACAGAUGUACCAUUAAUCGUCUAUGUUUCAAAUUACAAGCAAUCUUAUAACUCGAAUUUCUCAACAUUUCAGUUGUCUUACGAAAGCGACGAAAAAUGGGGAGCAAUAAGGAACGGGUUCGAAGUGAUGUCGAGAAAUAACUUAACAGACGAUCCAAAUUGGUUGACAUGUGUUGGAUGUGCUAUGAUCAGACGACAACAAGAGAGAUUUGGUCAAGAGCAAAGCGAUGAGUGCAAGAAAUGUUUUCAAGAAUAUUGUUGGAGUGGCGGUGCAGAGGAUGCAGCAGCAGUAUCAAGUGUUAGUGGACUAAGUGAUAUAACUGGAUUGGCUACAGCCACGAAUCUGCAACCAUCUGCAUCAUCAACAUCAUCAGGAAGUGGUGGUGGCUCUAGUUCCGGCACUAAGCAAAAUCAAGCUACAGGUAUUACAAGUGAGAAGCCGUUAUUAUUAGUAACAAUUGCCAGCAUAGUUUCUAAUAUUGUAUGGCUACCGCCUAGCGACUCUCAAUCUUCCACGUCAGCGGGAAGAGCAUUAACCUCAGGUUUAGAGGAAAUAUUGAUUUGGGAUAUCAAGACGGGAGAGCUUUUACAGCGCUUCAAUGAUUCUUUGACUCCCGGGGCAUCGAACUCGAGUACGACUGCAGCUCCAAGUUCUGUCACAUAUCUUUCUUUUCAUCGAGAUACAAAUAUAAUUGCUGCUGGAUAUAGUGAUGGAAGAGUAAAGAUUUGGGAUGUAAGUUCGCAGUCGGUACUUAUGUCUUUUGAAGGGCAUAAAUCCAGUAUCACUCAACUCAAAUUUGAUUACAGUGGAACAAGAUUAAUGAGUGGAUCCAAUGAUUCAAGUAUUAUUUUAUGGGAUUUGGUUGGAGAAACAGGGGUAUUUAAAUUGAAGGGGCACAAAGGGCCAAUUACAGGGCUUGAAUUUUUGUCACAAAACAGCAGCAGCAGCGAAAAUCAAGAUGUAGAUAAUUUAGAAGACUAUUUGCUAAGCUGUUCAAAAGAUGGGUUGAUUAGAUUGUGGGAGUUGAAAAGUCAACAAUGCAUAGAGAGUCAUUUGGCACAUAGUAAUGAAUGUUGGUCAAUGGGUCUCAAUAAACAAAAGGACACUUUAUUGACGACAGGAAAUAAGGAUCAGGUGAAGGUAUGGACAGUAGACCUUUCUCAAAAGGAUGGUGAGAAAGUGGCAGAGCGUGGUAUGCUUGAGAAAGCAAGUAAAGCACGGGGAAACGAAAUACAUUUUAAAUACGUGAGAAACGGAGGAGAUUUAGUAGAAAUGUUUUCAAUUCAAAAUUCGGAUAAAACCAUUGAAGUUUUCAGAAUUAGGUCGGAAGAUGAAAUGAAGAAAGGAAUAAACAAGAGAAUGAAGAGAUUGAGAGAAAAGGGUAUGAAUGACGACGAAAUAUUGCAGUCUAUUGGAGAGUCCGAGAUUAGCAUGCUUAUAGCCCCAUAUGCGAUAGUGAGAGCACAAGGCAAAAUCAAUUCUUGCUGUUGGACCAACAGUUCUAAAAAGUUGGAAAUCCUCAUAUCUUUAACCAACAAUAGCAUUGAAUACGAUAGUUUGACAAUCCUUGAGAAUAUAAGAAAAUCGCAACCAAACGAUAUACACACAAAUCGACUUCAUUUUAUUGACCGUUUGGGACAUAGGUUUGACAUUAGAGCCAUGGACAUUUCUCCUGAAGAUGACAAAUUGUUGGCUACAGCAUCCAAUGGGGAGUUGAAAAUAUGGAAUACUAGAACAUACAAUGUUAUUCGUUCUUGUACGCUAGAAGGAGGGUACGCAUUAUGUUGUAAGUUCUUACCUGGUGGAUCAUUAGUAGCAGUUGGGUUUAAGAACGGGGACCUUGAGCUUUACGAUUUGUCGACUUCAUCAGUAGUUGAUCGCGUUGAACGAGCUCAUCACCAGUUGAGUGGUGGUGAUAGCACUAAUAACGACAACAGCGCUCCUAUUUGGUCAAUGGAUUUGACGUCGGAUGGAAAGACUUUAGUGACUGGAGGCAAUGACAAAUGUGUAAAAUUUUGGAACUUCAAAGUUGAACAAGACAUUAUACCUGGAACUAAUACAGUGGUUAGCCAAUUAAAAUUUGUGCACACCCAAACUUUAGACUUGAACGAGGACGUUUUAAGUGUGCGGAUAUCUCCCGAUGACAAAUAUUUAGCCGUGUCACUACUUAACAAUAAUGUUCAAGUUGUUUUCUUGGAUUCGCUAAAACUUUUUCUUACAUUAUAUGGACACAAACUUCCUGUUCUUGCGAUUGAUAUAUCAGCAGAUUCAAAACUUAUCAUCACAUCCUCUGCUGACAAGAACAUUAAAAUAUGGGGUUUGGAUUUUGGAGAUUGUCAUAAAUCGAUUUUUGCCCAUCAAGACUCAGUUAUGAACGUUAAGUUUAUAGGUGAGACGCAUAACUUUUUCUCUAGUGGUAGAGAUGGAUUGAUUAAAUAUUGGGACGGAGACAAAUUUGAAUGUAUUCAGAAAUUGGUUGCUCAUCACAGUGAAGUGUGGAGUAUGGCAAUAAGCAAGAAUGGAUUGUUUAUGUGUUCUGCAUCUCAUGAUCAUUCGAUAAGAUUGUGGUCAGCCACCAGUGAUGAGGUAUUUUUGGAAGAAGAACGAGAAAAGGAGUUGGAUGAGAUGUACGAGAACAAGUUAUUGGGGCAGCUAGAUUCUGAGGAUACCUUGAGAAAUGACAAGGAGGAUGAGGAAGAUGAAGUUUACGUUGAAAAAGUAACUAAGCAAACUAUGGAGAGUUUAAAAGCAGGAGAGAAAUUGAUGGAGGCAUUGGAUAUAGGUGUUGAAGACCUUGAAGCUACCGAGUUAUAUCAAAUGCAGUUGCAAAAGAGGAGUUCAGAGGCAAUUAAGCCAACACCGCAUGCAAUAUUGUUGGCGUUUGAUAUGACGGGUCCUCAGUAUGUUCUUGAUAUACUUUGCAAGAUCAAACCAUCUCAGUUAGAUGAUGCGUUAUUAGUAUUACCAUUUUCAUACAGCCUCAAACUUUUUCAAAUGAUAAGAGUGUGGACUGAUAAGGACAAUAUUUCAAGAAAUAUUACCCAAUUAUCCUUAAUCUGCAAGGUCUUGUUCUUUUUAAACUCUGCGAAUUCAAAGGAAAUCAUUAGUCACAAAGAUGAUUAUUUGAAAAAACAAUUAAUUGCAGUAAAGGAACAGUUGCGCACGAAUUUAUCCAAAACAUGUCAAACCCUUGGUGUAAAUACACAGGGGCUUCGGUUUUUGAAACAACAAUGGAAAUUAACCCAUGGAUCAGAGUUUAUAGAUGAAGAGGAACAGAAAAAUUUGUCACGUAUUGUUAUAUUCAUACCAUACGGGUUUGGUUCUCUUGGUUCUUUUGGUUCUUUUGGUUCUUUUGGUUCUUUUAGCUGGUUUUAUUUUGCUAUUCAAAUUGAGAGAUAUUGGUUUGUUCGCAAUUAUAGGAACUUGGGGAUCAUGAAUAUGAAUAAUGUAGCUCAGGGUGGGUCGAAUUUAGGCAACGCACCAGCGAUCUGGCAAGGAAUGUACACUGGAGAAGAGAGACAAAGAGUUGUUUCGAUAAUUAUGAACACUUUAACCGAUCUUCAUGGUGCGAAUCCUAAUUUUGAUUUUCAGCGUUUAACCAAAAUGGCACAGGAUUUCGAGAAAAUUGUUUAUGAGAAAUCACCAUCGAGGGAAGACUACCUCAAGGCUAUCAAGUUGAAAGUAAACCAGUUGAGGCUUCAAAAACAACAGUUGGGAAACGGAGGCGGAACAGGAGCAGGAAACGGAGCAGGAGCAGGAAAUGGAGGCGGAGCAGGAAAUGGAGCAGGAGUCUCUGGUAAUGUUUCCAGCGGCAAUGUUUCUCAAAAUAUUCCUCCACACCAGGCGCAACAAGUGGUUAGGAAUGUGAAUGGCACAGGGAAUACUAAUUAUGCAGCAAAUCCGCAGUUUUUGGACCAACAAACACAUGCAUCUAGCCAAUCUCUGGCACAAGUGCAGGCACGUCAGCAGCAACUUCGGCAAAUGGCCAAUAAUCAGAAUCAGCAAAACCAACAAACUCAAAGACCACCGCAAGCACAAAUGCAGCAACCACCUUCUAAUAAACGACCAAUUCAACAACCACAACCUGAUCCCUCAAUGCGAGGACCACCACCACCACCACAGCAACAACAACAACAACCACCACAACAACAUCAACAACAUCAGCAACAACAACAUCAGCAGCAUCAACAACAACAACAUCAGCAGCAUCAACAACAGCCACUUCCACAACAACAACAGCAGCAACUUCCACAGCAGCAGCAACAGCAACAGCAACAACAACCUCCUAAUGGGCCACCUGGAACGGGCCCUAUUCCAGCUGGGGGAAAUCAGCAGGUACCUCCACAGCUACUUCAACUUAUAAGAAGCUCUCCUAUACCACCACCUCUACUCAGUAAGAUACCAUGUUUGCCGAAGGGAGUAACUACAUGGAAUCAAAUAUUCGAUUGUAUUAGACGAAAAGUCAUUUCUCAGGAUAUUUUGCCGUUGAUUAGAGAUAUACACUCUACUCAUAUGCAACUAGUUAUGCGUCAACAGCAACAGAAAAUGAAUAUGCGAAACACCGCUACGAACUUUCCUGGUGGUACUACCAAUGACGAGUUACCUUCCGGGCUUGAUGAUAGAGGUAAUUUGCAAGGAACCACUAAGCCUUCCAAUAAUUUUAACAUCAAUAAUUUAACUCCAAAGCAAAGGGAACAAUUUCUUCAAAGACAGAGAGUGGGUCAGCAGAUGCAGCCCGAUCAAAUCGCAGCUCCUCAAAACUCAGUGAUCAAUCAUGGUCUUCCCCAGAGUUUUGCUUCCCAACCUCAACAAGGAAGCUUGCAAGCGCAUAAUCAAAAUGUGGGACAACUGCAGAUGCCACAACAACAGCUACAGCAACAACAGCAACAACCACAGCAGCAGCAGCAGCAGCAGCAGCAGCCUCAAUCACUAGCACCACUUCCCCAACAACAACAACAACAACAACAGCAGCAGCAGCAACAACAAUUUGGAUUGAAACCACCUCAAUUUCAAAUUACGCAACAAGAUUAUGCAAAAUAUUCCAAUGAUGCGUUAACAGUGCUUAGUAGAUUGCAGCAACAAAAACAGAUUGAGGGACAAAUUGAUGCAAACAUGAAGGACACUUUUAUCCGCAAGUAUAUUCUUCAUCAGAAGAAUCAAAUUUGGAAACAACAACAACAACAACAACAAGCUGCUCAAAAUAAUGCCAAUAAGAAAGCGGCUAUUCCCAUUCAGCAGCAACAACAACAAAGUCAACUUCACCAGCAGAUGAACCACCAGCCUCUGCAGCAACAUGUGCAAAUGAAUCGAAACGUUCCACCUUCUAUGCAACAGAAAAGUAUGCAACAACCAAAUAUGCAAGCCAUGCAACAGGUACUGCCAUUGUUGAACAACGUUAAUCCAACAAUAAUGAAACCCGAUGUCGUUCCUAAUAUUCAACUGUCACCAUUAAUGAAUCAAGGUGCCACUUUCCCACAAAAUAUAAUACCCAUGACUAACCCAAAUUCAAAUCCAAAUAUAAAUCCAAACAUAAAUCCAAAUCCAAAUCCAAAUCAGAAUCAGAAUAGACCUUUUGUAGGAGGAUCGGGCAUGAGUAUUUCCAACUUGUUGCCACCAUUCACUGAUGAGGCUAAAGUUCUCUUGAGGCAGUUGAUAGAGGAUGUUUCACGCAACAAUGUUUUAUUAAAAGAUGUAACUACAUUGCUUUCGCAGCAAGACAAAACGAACGUUCGCGAAGCAAUGAGCAAGAUUCAAGAACUGUAUGGAAAUGUGGAUUCUAUAAUCAGUUAUUUUUAUCUUUUGACAAAGAAUGCAGAAGGUACUAAAAGAUUGAUUCAAAUGAAGUACAUGACCAAAAAUAUUCUUGAAAACUUGCACAGAGGCAUAUAUUUGGCUACUCCAGACUUGUUGGAGAAACUAAGAAAUCAGUAUACCAAAUACUUUGACUAUGUGAAGGAGCAAAUUAGCAUAAGAAGACAGCAAGUUAGUGCAGCAACCGGAGGUGGAGGAGUCAAUCAGCAACAAAAUCAACCGACAGUUCCGCCGCAAUUGCAACAACAACAGCAACAACAACAACAACAACAACAACAAGUGAGACCUCUCCUUCCCCAACAACAGCAACAGCAGCAACAACCGGGGUUGCCUCAAAAUGUAGUACGUACCAAUCAAGCUUUUAUGACUCAAAAUCCACAGUCAUCCCCGCAAAUGUUUGUGCCGCCGACGCAACAAGCUGGGUUGCAUCAGAAUUUGAAUCAAAACUGGUCUAAUGCAAAUGUCAAUGCAAAUGCGAUUUCCAAUGGUGUACCACCACUGAUUCCGCAAACUCCAAACAUGCAAGUACCAGUAGCACAGCAAAAGCCGCCAUUGCUGCAGACCAAAUCCAAAAAACCACCGACGAAAAAGAAACGUACAAGCAGCACUACGGCGGCAACACCCAGUGCAUUAGCGUCAUCAAUCAAAACUCCUCAUAACAUUAAUACUCCACAAAUUCAAUUCUCAGGGCAAUCGCCACCAAUGAAGUCUACUACUCCUCAAGCCACUGUUGCAACCCCCAAAUCAUUGAACAAUGUCUCACUGGCAUCAUCGACUUCUGUAUCUGCGAAUUCAAAUGUUUACACUGUUCCUGAAAUGGAUAUUUUUUCGGUAUCCAACGAUCUGGUGAAGAGAAGAGAGCUUUCGGUGACAGAUCCGUCGCAAUUUUUUAUCGAGUCGAUUAAAAAGUUAUUAGACAUUGACCAAAGUGGUAAUAUCACUGCUACUAAUGCUACUACUCCUACUACUACACCAGAGCAAGCGACAAACUUGGCUGCUACUUUACAAGCCAUAAGUACAAGUUUUAGACAAGUUUACAUUGACCAAAGUGGUACUAAUGCUACUACUCCUACUACUACAUCAGAGGAAGCGACAAACUUGGCUGCUACUUUACAAGCCACAGACAUUGACCAAAGUGGUACUAAUGCUACUACUCCUACUACUACAUCAGAGGAAGCGACAAACUUGGCUGCUACUUUACAAGCCACAGACAUUGACCAAAGUGGUACUAAUGCUACUACUCCUACUACUACAUCAGAGGAAGCGACAAACUUGGCUGCUACUUUACAAGCCACAGGUACAAGCUUUAGACAAGUUUUGUGA